CAGCGACAUCUUAUUUCACCGGCAUAUAAACGCCAUUCACGUUUCCUUUACUUUAUAAAGUGUAAACCAAGCAUAUGGACUUUGUUAAAAAAUAUUUGAAUAAUCUGGUCAAUAUUUUUGGCGGUUUCCGUUACUUUCCCCUUCGAAACGGUCCUGAAAGAGACACGGUGACCACAGCAGCCCUGGAACGCAGCCGUGGGAGGGGAGGAGAGUCUGCCUGAUUUCUCUCCGUAUCGUCCAAUCUUCGUGUUCCUACACGACAGCCGGCAGUCCAGGGGAGACUAAACCAUGUCGUCGCCGGGGAUGGACGAAGCAUCCUCCCUCCAGUUAUGCAGGGUUAUGCUGCCAGAUGACGCCAAUAUUAUGGGUAACGUUCACGGCGGCAUCAUCCUCAAGAUGAUCGAAGAAGCUGGAAGCAUCGUCGGCACGAGACACUGCAACGCACAGAAUGGAGACCGAUGUUUAGCAGCUCUGGUUCGGGUGGAGAAGACGGAGUUUCUGUCGCCCGUGUUCAUCGGCGAGGUGGUCCACGUUUCCGCCGAGAUCACUUACACAUCCAAGCACUCGCUGGAGGUUCAGGUCAAAGUCAUCGCUGAAAACAUCUUGACAGGUGCAAAAAAGUUGGCCAACAAGGCAGCGCUGUGGUACGUCCCCUGUUCUCUGCAGAAUGUUGACAAGAUCACAGAGGUGCCUCCUAUUGAGUAUGCUAGUGCAGAGAAGGAAGAAGAAGGCAGGAAGCGCUACGAAGCACAGAAAAUUGACAGAAUGGAGACCAAAGCGAGGGGUGAGGAGGUGAUGCCACCUCGACCAAACCCAGAGGAUGCAGCAAAGGAAAGACACACAGUCGGCUUCAGCCAGUCCAGCCUGAUCCAUUUGGUGGGGCCUUCAGACUGCACAGUAGUUGACUUUGUUUAUGGUGGUGUAGCCAUGAAGCUGAUGGACGAGGUUGCUGGAAUUGUUGCCGCUCGGCACUGCAACACAAACAUCGUCACUGCUUCUGUGGAUGCCAUCAACUUUCAUCGCAAGAUUAGGAAAGGUUGCGUGGUGACGGUGACGGGCCGGCUCACGUUUGUCAGCAACAGGUCUAUGGAAAUAGAAGUGCUGGUGGAUGCCGAUUCGCUGAUGGAGAAGCAGAUAGGGAAAUAUCGUGCUGUCUCAGCCUUCUUCACCUUCAUCUCGCUUGACAAGGAAAAUAAACCGCUAAAUGUCCCACCUCUAAAGAUCGAAGGAGACGAUGAGCAGAAACGUUUUGAAGAGGGCAAGUCACGUUACCUCCAGAACAAAGCAAGGAGACUUGCGGAAAAGGAGCGUCAGCAGUGACACUGUGGCUCAGCAGAAACAAAACCCACACAGUACACACACACGUUAUGAUGGAGUUAAUGCCUCUCUGUUAUUGUAGCCUGUUAAACCGUAUUCUGUGACCCUGUUUUGCAGCAGCGCUACUCACCAAAGUGUUCCCAAAUACAUGUGUGCAAUAUAAAUAUAAAAGUAAUAGUAUUUUUUUUUUAAGUUUAAGGAGAGUUUUAUGACUGUACUGUAUGUAAAAUCUAUUUAUUACUGUUUGUAUUAACUGACAGUGGGAUUGUAGAAAUACCAUAUUGUUUUGCAGGAAUAUCUCUAACUAUACAGAUUUGGCUUUGAUGUCAGCCCAAAGUAAUACUGAGAGUGAAAGGGAAAUGAUGAAUAAGUGAGUGAAUAAAAAAAAAAGAGCCAAGCGUGAGUCGGGGGCUCUCGCAGCGUGCCCUUGCGUGUUUGAUGAUAAUUAUGUCAUUGUCUUAGGCAUGUCUUGGCAGAGAGGGCACAUGCCAGCCAUCUUUUCAGCACUGUGUCUUUCACAGAGUUCAUCGGAGCUCAGGGGUUUUGACUCAUCCAGCAUCUCUUUCCCCACCUCCGUCUUCUUCCUCCUCUGCCUCCUCCUCCUCAUGCCUGUCACACUCUGACUUCAGCCCGUGUCAUGCUCGCAUCCGUCUCCAUCUCCUCGCAACGUCGCCUUCUUGCUCAUUUACUCUAUUUAUCCUUAAGGCUCUUCUUCUAUCCCAUCAUCUGCCCGCCUCACUCUCAGUUUGCAUAGAUGAGAUAUGAAGAUUGCUUUCGGCCUUAUAAGAAACAGAAAGUAUUAAUAUUAUAUCGCUUGGUGCAGAAGGUAAGAUCGGGACAAUGAAUUAUUCAAGAGAAGAGUCCAUGUCCAUGUGACUGUGUCAAAACUGAAUUAUCUUUCCAGUGAGAGGACUACAUACAGUCUCCAUUAAAAGAAAGAAUACCCUCUUUCUAUUCUAUGCGUAUGUGUGAAUACAACAAGGAAAACUUGUUUCUAAAACAAUUUAUAUCAAAUUUGGAUUGUGGAAACCACCCUCAUUAAAUAUUAAACAACAAUGAACAACGAAAUGGUGACAUUUCGUGAUGUUCAGUUAAUCAGGCAUAAUUAACCAGCAGUACCUACCUGCUGCUUACCUUAUUAAGUUGUAUAGGAUUAGCAACAGAGUACUUAGUUUUUCACACACAGCUUUUACCUUUUGGGUUUAUUUUUGUUUGAUAAUUAAUGUGUUGAAUCUGUUGAGCGAUUUGUACUCCAAAGGUUACCUCUACAACACAAAACAAAAUGUAGAAACUCAAACAGCACACCAUAUCCUUUUGUUAGUAACGCAUUCAAUAGAUAAGACUAUUAUUGAAAGCAUGUUUUUUUCAAUAAUUAAAAAAAAAAAAAAGAAACAUAUUAUUUAGAUUAAUUA